AUGUCUCAACCAACUCUAUCCCUUCCCUCUUUCGAACAACACCCCACAGGCCUUGGAAUCGGCUUUCCCGAACCCCGCAUCUCGUGGAGAUUUAACGCUACCGAAAGCACCGCAUCAGAUUGGCAGCAGACCGCAUACGAAGUCGAAGUCGCCCGUGGCAACGAUACACAGAGCUACCUCAUCAAAUCAGCGGAAUCCGUGCUUGUACCGUGGGCAAGCCAGCCCCUGCAGGCGCGGGAGACCGCAAAGAUCCGAGUUCGCGCUUACGGAGGCCCCGAGAAUGCACCAACCGAGUGGUCCGCCUGGAGUACAGUUGAGGCCGGACUACUGGAUCGAAAAGAAUGGAGCGCGCGUGCUAUCACCAGUCGCGUUAAGCAAACAGAAGGCCCGCUGCGGCCUGUUCGGUUCAGAAAGACGUUUGAGCUCUCGGCUGGCGCUGUAGGCCGCGCUCGGCUGUACAUUACGAGCCUCGGAGUAUUCCAGGCGUAUAUCAACGGAGAACCGGUGGGAGAUCACUGCUUGGCUCCUGGAUGGACGAGCUAUCAUAACAGAUUGAACUAUGAGGUGUUUGAUGUUGCUUCGCUGUUGAGGGACGGUGAGAAUACGAUUGCUGUGGAGGUCGGUGAGGGUUGGUGGGCUACUCGAUUGGGCUUUGGUGGUGGCAGACGCUUCAUCUAUGGCGACGAGCUAGCAUUGUUCGCACAGCUGGAAAUUACACCAGAGCAGGGAGAUGCAUUGGUUGUUACCACAGACUCGAGCUGGAAAAGCCAUCAGUCCGCCAUCCUUCGCAGCGAGAUCUACGACGGAGAGGCGUACGACGCACGAGAGGAGCAGGAAGGCUGGAAGAGUACAUCCUUUGCCCCAGAGUCUUCAUGGGAGGCUACCCGGGAGAUCGAGCUCCCCAACACACAUCUCGUGGCGCCCAAUGCGCCUCCGGUGCGGGUCACUGAGGUGGUCAACCCAAUCGAGAUAAUCCGCACGCCAUCUGGCAAGGUGGUUCUUGAUUUCGGUCAAAACCUCGUUGGGCGAAUCCGGAUUCAUUCUCUUAAGAAGCCAGCAGGCCAUUCCACAGUCCUCACGCACGCUGAGGUCCUCGAAAACAAAGAACUGGGUACCCGCCCGCUGCGUGUGGCCAAGUGCCAGGACGAGAUCAUCUCCGCAGGCCAGGAGAUCCGUGACUGGGUGCCUAGGUUCACUUUCCACGGAUUUCGCUACGUUCAAGUAGACGGUUGGAGUCCGGACGAUGCCGACACACCACUCACACUUCAGAGCCUGACCGCGGAAGUCAUGCAUACAGAUUUGAAACGGUCUGGAUGGUUCAACUGCUCGCACCCGAUGGUGAACAAGUUGCACCAGAACGCCACAUGGGGUAUGCGUGGAAACUUCCUGUCCGUUCCUACUGAUUGCCCCCAGCGCGAUGAGCGCCUGGGUUGGACAGGCGACCUCCAGAUCUUUGCGCCAUCUGCAAGCUUCCUCUACAACACAGCCGGCAUGUUAAGUGAUUGGCUGCAGGAUCUCUCUGCUGAGCAACUCGCUCAUCCCAAAGCCAUUCCCCCACUCGUUGUUCCAAAUGUCAUUGACGAAAGUUUCUGGCCUGCCUUUCCCCAAGCAGUUUGGGAUGAUAUCGCUGUUAUCCUGCCCUGGACCCUAUACCAGUGCUACGGGGACAUCAACAUCCUUCGCCGCCAGUACGCCAGCUCAACUGGCUGGCUAGACAGAGGCGUGCAGCGUGGCGAAGACCGUCUAUGGGACGAUACUCUCUUCCAACUGGGUGACUGGCUCGACCCUACUGCUCCGCCAGACCAGCCAGGCAACGCACGUACCGAUGGAACCCUUGUAGCGGAUGCCUACCUUGUCUACGUCACUGGAAUCCAAGCGCGUAUUAGCUCAGUCCUCGGAGAAGCAGCCGACGCAGCCCGUUACGAGACAGACUACCGCACUCUCAAAUCCCGCUUCCAAUCCAAAUACAUCUCCUCCACGGGGCUCCUGGUCGGAGACACCCAAACAGCCCUCAGCCUCUCCAUCGUCUUCGACCUGCACGACAACCCCGAACAAGCUGCAGCAGCCGGCGCCCGCCUCGCGCGCCUCGUACGGAUCUCCAAGUUCCAAGUCUCAACUGGAUUCGCAGGCACUCCCGUUAUCACGCACGCCCUCACGAAAUCCGGCCACCACCAGCUCGCCUACCGCAUGCUCCAAGAAUCCAACUGCCCCUCAUGGAUGUAUCCGAUCCGUAUGGGUGCGACGACCGUCUGGGAGCGCUGGGAUAGCAUGCUCCCCGAUGGAUCCAUUAACCCUGGUGAAAUGACUAGCUUCAACCACUACGCUCUUGGCUCAAUUAUCAAUUGGUUGCAUAAGACUGUUGCGGGUGUGAGUCCGCUCGAGCCCGGCUGGAGACAGAUCCUUGUCAAGCCGCUGCCAGGAGGGACGGUUACCUCUGCAGAGGCAAAGUAUGAGACGGCGUAUGGGAGGUUGGAGGCGCGGUGGGAGCUUAAGGAGGGAGACCAGUUUAAGUUGGAACUCAUCGUGCCGCCGAAUUCGUCGGCGAAGGUUGUGCUUCCCGGUAGCGAGGACGAGAAGAUGGUUGGGUCGGGGAGGUAUACGUUUGAAUCCACGUACAAUAGCCAGGUUGGGUGGCCGCCAAAGGCUCAGGUGCCGCCAAUGUUUCCGCCAGAGGACUCCUUCGUAUAG